UCAUUUUUAAUUUUAUUUAUACAUGAUGAAGUGAAUUCCUUGUCAUAGAUAGUAGACAAAAAAAUGAUAGAAUGCGUAUAUAUACACAUAUGAAUUCUAUUUCAAUUAAUCUAUAUAAUAUAUAUGUAUGUACAACAGUUUGAAGCAUGACUGUAGUUUAAAAGGUUUGAGAUUUAAAUUUUGAACACGUGUAUUACGAAACAUAACCUUAAAUAUGGAACAUUGAAUUUAACAUUCAAAAUAUUAUAAAAUAUUGUGAAUGAUAUAAAGUGAUAUGAUAAUAACAAUGUUACAAAACGUAUAAAGAAAAAGUGUUAUUUAUACAAAUUAAUAAUAAUUAUGAUGUAAAAUUAAUAAUGUUAUGAUAUAAAAUAGAGGAAUAUUACUGUAAUAUUAUUUAACGAAUAAAUCCAAUUUGUUUUCAUUAAAAUGAGUUUUAAUGAAGUAAAAGAAUUCAUUGAAGAAGGAGAUGUAGUCAUUUUAUACUUAGGACAUAACAAUAUGCAUUCUUUAGAAAUAAAGGCAAAAAUUCCCAAUAAAAAUGGUGAAAUGGUUGACAAUGUUUUUCAAACAAAGUAUGGAGCACUUAGAGUAUUUUCUCUUGUGGGACACAAAUAUGGAACCAUGAAAAGACUUUCGAAAGGAUGGGCAUAUGUUUUACAACCAACAUCAGAACUUUGGACAUUGACAGUACCUCAUAGGACACAAAUUAUAUAUAGCCCUGACAUAAGUUUGAUCAUACAUUUGUUGGAUUUAGUACCAGGAAACAUAGUUAUUGAAACAGGUACUGGAAGUGGAUCUCUUUCCCAUGCUCUUAUUCGUGCAAUUCGCCCUCAUGGUCAUCUUUAUACAUUUGACUUUCAUGAGCAGCGUGUAAAUAUUGCUCAAGCAGAGUUUGAAACACAUGGACUUAGUAAAUUUGUAACUUCAAAUCAUAAAGAUGUUUGUAUGGAAGGUUUUGGAAAAGAAUUAGAAACAAAAGCAGAUGCAAUUUUUUUAGACCUGCCACAUCCAUGGUUAGCAAUAGAUCAUGCAGUGGUUACUUUAAAGAAAUCAGGUGGAAAACUAUGUUCUUUUUCUCCUUGUAUUGAGCAGGUUCAACGUACUUGUGCAAAAUUAGUAUCAAAAGGAUUCAUUGAGUUGAAUACCUACGAAUGUUUACAAAGAGAAGUACAUGUACAAUAUAGAAAUCUUCCUAUACUGAAUUUAGAAUACCUGCAAUAUGAGGAUAUACACGAAGAUAUGGCACAACAAAGUGAAUAUAAAAAAGAAGAGAGAAAAUUGCUUACUGCAAUGCAUGCUCGUUCUUUACCUGGUCAUACAGGAUUCAUUACAAUUGCUACAUUACCUCCAUUUUGUGUACGAAAGAUAGAAAUGGAUUUAAAAUAAAAAAAUUGAGAAUAUUUGUAAUUGUAUCAAAAUAUCAUAAAAUUGCUAUUUACUAUAUGUGUAGUAUUGAAACUUAAUUUUCGUAGAACAACUUUAAUACUGCUCAAAAUAGCAUCUGUGAUAAUAAAUAAUAAAAUAACAAGUGAUAAUCAGA